AUGGUUGCGAACUUUGUCUUCCUUUUUACCCUUGUGGCAGCAGUCAGUGCCUCGGAUUACUCUGGCUUCUCUUAUGGUGUUGCUGAUCCUUACACCGGUGACUACAAGAGUCAGAUUGAAAGCCGCGCCGGUGACAAUGUUCUGGGCCAAUACUCUCUGCUUGAGGCUGAUGGAACCCGCAGGACUGUCGACUACUCCGCUGGUGCUGAGGGCUUCAAUGCUAAUAUCAGGAAAGACCCCGCCCUGAUCCCAGCUGCUCCUUUCGCUUACACCGCAGUUCCCUACGGAUACGGCUAUCCCUAUAUCUACGGUAACAUCGCCGGCUACGGUACCUUCGGUUACGCUGCUCCAUACGCCCGAAGACGAUUCUAUUAG